AUGGCAAGCAAUAUUGUGACACAGCCGGAGACAGAGCUGGGCAUGCUCAAGUCUCCUGAGAUGACCAAGGAGAAGUCGAACUCCGAUGACAAUGAACUUGGUAGCACAAUUGUGACCUAUGACCGCAAGGCAGAGAGCAAAAUGUUGCGGAAGUUUGACUUUUUUGCGGUCAUCCCCCUUGGUAUUUUCUACAUGAUGGCUAUCCUGGAUCGGAGCAACCUGGGAAAUGCGAAUAUUGCUGGCAUGCCUCAGGAUAUUGGUCUCACUGGGAACCAAUUUGGCACUGCCACUACCCUACUAUACGCUACUUAUGUUCCCUUUGAAGCCCCCGUUUCAAUCUUAGUCAAGAGUGUUGGCCCCAAAUUUUUGAUUUCGGCCUCCGCCUUUUGUUGGGGCUCUGUCACUCUGGGAAUGGCCUUUAUCCAAAACUACAAAGGUCUCUAUGUCUGCCGUUUGCUGAUGGGCCUGUUUGAGGCAGGCCUCAUCCCCGCAAGUGAAGUUUACCUGGCCUUGGUCUACAAUCGAACCGAAAGAGGACGACGGAUGUCCUUGUUCUACACAUUCAGCUGCCUAGCCAGUGCUUUUGGCGGUCUGCUUGCAUAUGGACUGACACAGAUCCAUGGACCUAACGGGUUCGAAGGUUGGAGAUGGCUAUUCUCAGUGGAAGCAGCCAUCACCAUUGUUCUAGUGCCCAUCUUCUUCUUCAUCUUCCCAAGAACUCCCGUUGAAGCCUGGUUCCUGACUGAUGAGGAAAAACGCAUCGUGCGGGCUCGUUACGACAAUGAUCCCCACUGGGCGUUCGAUGAGAAGUUCUCUUGGGUUGAACUUGGCAAGGUUUUCAAAGAUAUCAAGUUCUAUGCUUUCUUUGUCUACCAGUUCUCCAUCAACCUCACACAGUUUGGAUUCACUACCUUUUUGCCGACCAUCAUUUCGGGCCUCGGGUAUACCUCUAUUCAUGCCAACUUGAUGACCGUCCCCAUCUAUCUCUCGGCUCUUGCAGUUUUCCUUGUCAUUGCCUUCGCUUCAGACCGUUAUGGUAUGAGGGGACCGUUCAUGGCUGGCCCUGCAGUGCUGAUUCUUAUUGGGCUCAUCUUGAUGAUUUCAGUUGAGAAUCUGAAUGUUCGCUUCUUCGCUUGUUUCUUGACUGCAUUCGGCCUAUAUCCGGCAGCAGCGCUGUCCAUGAUGUGGCUACAGGAUAACGUCGCAGGAUUUUAUAAGCGGUCCAGCAUGGUCGGCUUUACGCUGACUCUGGCUAAUACGUCCGGCGUUGUUGUGGGGCAAAUCUUUACUGCCGAAGACCAGCCGUACUAUAAGAAAGGCCUCUCCAUUUGUCUCGGUUUUUGUGUUCUAGCUAUUGUAAUCGCCGUCGCUCUGAUGGUGGGCAUGAAGAUCGUUAACAGGAGGAGAGAGGCAGCAAUUCGUGAGGCAGAUGCGGCCGGUACUCCGCUCCCUCGUGAACCCGAAAAGGGAGACUGGGACGUGUAUUUCAGGUACUCGAUCUAA